CUCAACACGUACGAACACAGACACACACACAAAGAUUCAAACAUUAAUCAAGAAUAGAAAGAAAUUAAAAAUGAAGCAUGCUAGCCACCCUCAUGACCUCUCCGUGGCACCAAACACGCCCCACGAAAACAAAAACCUCGCAUGCUUCGGCUGUAACUUGCCCUUAUUCGGCACUUGCUACAGUUGCUCAACCUGCAACUUCUACUUGCACAAGUUCUGCUUCGAUCUCCCACAAUCUUCCCACGUCGCCUCUCACCCCAACCACACCCUUGGCCUCCUCUACCCGCCCUAUUGUCACGGCCCUUGUGAUUCUUGCGGUGAUUCCUGCAACGGGUUCACGUACAAUUGCACCUUUUGCAACUACAAUAUCCAUGCAAGUUGUGCUGUUCUGCUCCACUCUGACCCCCAAAACGAGCGCGAUCAGUACACAUCGACGUUCUUUAGGCACAAGUUGGCGGAGAUGAAGUCUUUGAGAAGCCAGUUGAGUGCCAAGAAACAGCGGGAUGAGGGGGAAGAAGCGCAUUAUAGACAGAUGGAGAUGGAGGCAGAGUUGCAGCGAAGGAGGCACAACAUGCACAUGCAGCAGCUGCAGCGAAUGUCCGAUUCUAUCGAUUUUAUGGGACAAAUUGGGACUUCGACCAAUUACACUUACAGAUACUUCUGAAUAUGAUGAAUAUUGGUUCUUGAUGUUCAGUUCGGUCCGGUCUAUGUUAAAAUUCGAAUGUUGUUGUUGGUUUGAUUUGUUCAUGUAUCUGUCUUGGGGGUCUCUUGUAUUUCUCCUUCUUUAUGGCUUAUAAUUCUGUGUGCAUUGGUCCGUUUUGUAUGUUUCAUUGUAUUGGUUGAUUGAGAAAUUUAAAUUAUGUUAUAUUGUUUAA